GAAACGACUGUCCCCGCCUCCACUCUCCAGCCCCUCCCCCACCGGCCAAUCCCGCCCCUCUGGUCGUGCUCCUCCCGGAAGUUGCCGGUGCCAGAUCCACGAUCAGCGGGAUUUAGGGCGGCGGUUGGUCCAGGUACUGCCUGGGAAGCAGCGGAGGAACGCGCCAGAAUCCGGCUUGUUGGAGGUCCAAGAUCAUGGCAGCCCCACAGCCCCUGGCGCGGCAGCUAGAACAGCUGCUAGAUCCGCGGCCGAGCGAGGCAGACCCCGAGGCGGAGCCGGAGGAGGCCACUGCUGCCCGAGUUAUUGACAGAUUUGAUGAGGGUGAAGAUGAUGAUGGUGACCUCCCUCGUGUGGGAAGCAUUAGGAAAAGAGCCUCUGCCUCCCUCUUAGAUACAGACAAACGAUAUUCAGGCAAGGCUACAUCUCGAAAGGCUUUGAAGGAAGACCUCUGGGAACAGCCUCCAUCAGAAUCCUCAGACAGAGAAGUAUCUGAUGAAGAGAGCACAGAGGUAGUGGAAUCUGAUGAGGAACAAAGGAGCUCUGUUGAGAAGCUGGAAUCCAGUGAUGAUGGGGGGAGCAGUUUGGAAGACAAAGGCCAGAAAAAGGGAAGGGAGACCCACUCUUCAGGCUUUACUUUCCAGAGCAUCAGUGACUUUGAAAAAUUCACUGAGGGAAUGGAUGACAUUGGCAGUGAUGAGGAGGAAGAAGAAGAAGAAAAUAGCAUGGAAGAAGAAACUGAUGAGGAAGGAGAUGGCGAGGAAAUCGAGGAGGCUAUGCCCGAAGACAAAGAUGAUGAUGGGACAUUGAGGACCUUCUCAGGAGGCAAAGUGUCAGAAGAAGUGGAGAAAGGGAGAGCCGUGAAGAACCAAAUAGCACUGUGGGACCAACUCUUGGAAGGAAGGAUCAAACUGCAGAAAGCUCUUCUGACAACCAACCAGCUUCCCCAACCUGAUGUUUUUCCAAGUUUCAAGGACAAGGGAGGGUCAGAGUUUGCCAGUGCCUUGAAAAAUAGCCACAAGGCUCUCAAAGCAUUGCUGAGGUCAUUGGUGGAUCUUCAGGAGGAACUACUUUACCAAUAUCCAGACACAAGACACCUCAUAGAUGGAACAAAACCUAAAGAGGAAAGUGAGGAAGAGAUCCCUAGUGAGGAAGAAGAAGCCAUGACAGGAGAGUACCAGCAGAGGAGGGGCCCACCCAAGAGAAAAUUGGGAGUGGAUGACUAUCCUGGCUUCAUGGCAAAGCGCUUUGCUGAUUUCACAGUCUACAGAAACCGUACACUUCAGAAAUGGCAUGACAAAACUAGACUGGCUUCUGGCAAGCUGGGGAAGGGUUUUGGUGCUUUUGAGCGUUCAAUCUUGACUCAGAUCGACCAUAUUCUGAUGGACAAAGAGAGAUUACUCCGAAGGACACAAACCAAGCGUUCCGUGUACCGUGUGCUUGGCAGAGCUGAACCGGUAGCUCAGCCCAUUCCUGAGAGUUUGCCAGGGCAGCCGGAAAUAUUGCCUGAAGUCCCUGCCAAUGCUCACCUGAAGGAUAUGGAUGAAGAGAUCUUUGAUGAUGAUGAUUUUUAUCACCAGCUCCUUCGAGAAUUAAUAGAACGGAAGACCAGUUCCUUGGAUCCUAAUGAUCAGGUGGCCAUGGGCAGGCAGUGGUUGGCUAUCCAGAAGUUACGAAGUAAAAUUCACAAGAAAGUUGAUAGAAAAGCCAGCAAAGGGAGGAAACUCCGGUAUCAUGUCCUUAGCAAGCUGCUGAGCUUCAUGGCACCUAUUGACCACACUACAAUGAAUGAUGAUGCCAGGACAGAGCUUUAUCGAUCACUCUUUGGAAAAGCCAGCACACCUGCAGAAGGCCCCCGAAAUUAAGGUUACUCACCCCACCCCGGGUGCCUGCAUCUUUUCUGCUAAAAUUGAAGAGCGCCCUAGAGCAAAAAGCUGUCUCCAUAUCCCAGUGCUGGCUGCUCAUCUGGGCAGAUGGUUGACACCUCCAAGGCUGAAUUUGAUGGGGGAGCUGGCAUGGGCCCUCCAGAAGAAGUAUCUCUGAUGUGAGCCCUCUCAUAAUAACUGCUUGAUACCUCCAGGAUAUUAAGGAUUCUCCCUCUCCUUCCUUUUAGAAAGUUUCUUCAGUGCUUUACGUAGUCAAGAGAGCCACUCCAUGUCUUCGAUGGUCACAGAGAAGUGCUAUUGGAUUUACUACCUCGAAGCAGCUCUAAAGCAUCCACUGUGUAGAAGUGGAUUCUACUGGACUGUUCCAUAAUUGGUUGGGAGUUAUUCUUUCAGCCAAGAGGCUAUUGGAAUAGACAUCAGAACUGCAUGACCUGAGACUACCCUGGAAAGAAGAAAGCUUGAGCAAAAUACUGCUUGUCCUGAUGAGAAGCAUCUCGUGACCCUGAGCCACCAGGAGCUCCAGGAAAUCCUGAUGGUCAUGUCUACCCUGUUUUGCAGCUCAGGAAUAUUUGUAGAUUUUCAGCUAAAUAUUCAUCUCUUGACUUUCUUUCUUUGUUUUUCCCCUCUAGCUGAUAAGGAUUCUUUCAGAAUCCUGUGCCUUUCUCACCAUUCAUGACACACUUUAUUGAGGUUAACUCUGGUGUAAAUCUAGCAGGAGCAGAUGAUUCACUUGUUUUUCAUCCAAAGGUCAAAAGCUGGAAAUUAAAUCCCCAUAAGGGGGAUUUAUUGGCCUGCUGUGGUCAAUCUACAAUGAAGAUGAUCGUGCAUAAGUAAUGCAUGCAUAUGGAUGGAGCUGCACUUGGAGCCAAGUGCUCAGCUGCAUCCUUUGCUCUGCCCAAGGCCUUCUUGGAUGUCUCACUGUCUGAGAGAUUCCUAGACCAGCUCACAAAUACAGAGUUGUGGUUUGGGAAAAUAAUGUUUUGGCAAUGACAAUGCCAAGACAAAAUCACAGGUUCUUAAAGUCUUAGGACUCCUGUGUUCCAUUGGCUUUGGUAACCAAUGACUCUUGAUACAAUAAUGCCCUGAGGCUAGGAUCCAACCACUUUCGGAUCUGAAAGUAAAAUGGAUCUUGGUUUGUUGUUUGUUUUUUUUUACAUACUGUGUGUGUGUGUGUAUGUGUAUGUGUGUGUGUGUGUGUAUCUUCUGAAUAAAGGAUGGGGGCAAAUAAAAUGGAAGAGGGCUUUUUCACCACUAAUUAAUUGGUCCUUUUUUUUAUGGCAACUUGUUUUUUUCCUGCCUUGAUAUUCACAUCUUGGGUUUGACUGGGAAACAUAAAAUUUUCAGUGCUGCUCCAUUUCCAGAAAAUAUCAAUCACCAGAAAUAUAAGGCAUCCCUCAAAAGGGAUCUCUUUUCUUGAAUAUAAUGUAUGAUUCUUUCCAUCUAGCCUGAGGUCUUGCAGAUAAUGCAUAUUAUAACAGCAAGUAAAUAACUCAAAUAUUUCUAGGAAGGGGACACCAGACUUGCUUUCUUAAGGGGAUCAGGCCUUUUGUCACUGUUGUAUUUUAUCAGGUGAAGAAUGAGAUCUAAAUAGGUGUUCCAGAAUCUUUGGAGCAAACAUCCUUAAUUAAAGUGAAUGAAAAGUCAGGAGCAAAGUGAAAUACCGAACAGGCAAGAGGUUUUCAGCAAAGGAAGGCCCAUGUUUUAAAAUUCAGAAUAGCACCCUCCUUCCAGCCAAGAAUAAAUUGGAAACUAUUUUAAUUGACACGGAUACUGCAAUUCAACUGUUACUAGAAAGACAGAUUAGUUGAUUGAUUUGCAUUUUAAUAAAACUAAUACUUUACA